GAGAAUCGUCAAUGCGGUCAUGGCGAUGCUGGCUGCUCAGAGGAGUGAAUGGCGGACGAUCGACUGCACACUCCUCCUGCCGACCCUGGGCGAGGCCUUACCGGCUGCCCAGGUGCAGCAGUUUCACGACCCCGGCAUUGUCAUCUUCCUUCCUAUCAAAGCACCACCUGGGCACUGGGUCCUGGGCAUUCUCGUGGCCAGGUCAAGGACGGCGAUUCUCGUUGACUCGGAGCCCUUGGACCCGCAACCCCUGGACCAGCACAGGGCCAUGGCGGCGGACCGCAGGGCCGUGGCGGCGAAGGUCAUGGGGGGGUUCGUGUCGCGGUACCUGCCGGAGGGGUGGAACAAGCCGGAGGUAUGGGCAUAUUACACCAAGCUGGGGCCAAAGCUGGAGCACGCCCACGACAGCGGCGUGUACAUGAUCGCGUCGGCCUUUCACCUGGGCCACAGGGACAAGAUGCCAGCAACACUCCAUCUCCGAGAGUGGCGCAUGCUGAUCGCUGCGCUGAUGCCGCGCAUCACCAGUCCGACUUUAGAUCUGGAUCCCAAUGCCUGUUGCGAGGGUGGCGCUGGAGCAGCCGUAGCCCCGCCCCUGAAGCCGCCGCCGCUGCCGUUUGACCAGGAUGAUUAUCUCAACAUCAACUUCCAGUUCAUGAUUCCCUCAGAAGGGACCCCGGCACCAGCGGGCCUUUGCAACAUGGAUAUCUAUUCGGAGGAGCUGAAGCGGCGCAUUGACCUGCACGCAGGGUUUGUGAGGGACAUGGUAGUGCCCGGAUGGGAGCAUCUACGGCGGGCCAUGAGCGAGACGGACGACCGCCUUAACGCCGUGCGUGAGGUUGAGGCGGCCAUACCCGAGCUCGAGGGGGACCUCGGCGUCGAUAUAGAGCUGCUCGCCAUUGGGAAGAGGCUCCGCCACUUGGAACAGCAAACAGCCCCGGGGCAGGGGCAGCAGGCAGGGCCGUCGAACCUCGACAGCCUCUCCGCGAGACUGCGGUACCUGAAGAGCCGCCACUUUGCGGCAGCGGCCUGGGGGAGGCGCGUGGUCGGGUUGGGGAUCCCUAGCGCGAUAAAGAAGCUCCUCAAAUUGGCGAACGAGCAGGACUCUCUCGAGAAGCAAAUGGCUUUAGGGGCGGGGUGGCCACCCCUGACCUACGAUGAGGAGGAGGCGGAGAGUCGUCGUCGUUCUAGAAGCUCCGAAAGCUCUAGUAGCGAGGUGCCGUCGUUGCAGUCCGUAUCCAAAUCGCACGGCACGCUGGCGAGUGGUUCCCAUCUGUAUAUUGGGAAUUAGGUUUAGACAGGGACCGGCAUACAUAUGCUUGUACUGUACGUUACAUACGGAGCAGCGGGUAUGGGCACAGAUUCGGACUGGUAAUUAUGCUGUUCUGCUCAAUACUUGGGUAGAUAGGUUAGGUAGGUAGAUGUGCAGAGCUAGAAGACUCGGUGUUAGUCCUUGCCGCAACAUUCUAUUAAUUGGCUGCUCGGCCAUGGUG